CUGGGCUUGGGUAGGGUUGUAGGACUCUCGGUGGGUACCGCGGCUAUGGGAGCGGGCUAGGUUCACUCGCUGGAACUGGAGGGGCUGCGGUCGGCGGGGAUCCGUGGGCAAGCUGCACCUGCAUAGCUGGUGCCAUCUGGGCGCGGUGGGCGUGUCUGCAGACACCAUGAGCGUGGGCUUCAUCGGCGCGGGUCAGCUCACUUUUGCCCUAGCCAGGGGCUUCACCGCAGCAGGCAUCUUGGCUGCCCACAAGAUAAUGGCCAGCUCCCCGGACCUGGAACUGCCCACGGUUUCUGCCCUCAGGAAGUUGGGGGUGACUCUGACACCCCACAACAAGGAGACAGUGCAGCACAGCAAUGUGCUCUUCCUGGCUGUGAAGCCACACAUCAUCCCCUUCAUUCUGGAUGAAGUCGGUGCCGACAUCCAGGGCCACCACAUCGUGGUGUCAUGUGCAGCCGGUGUCACCAUCAGUUCCAUUGAGAAGAAGCUGAAGGCCUUCCAGCUGGCCCCCAAAGUCAUCCGCUGCAUGACCAACACACCAGUCAUAGUGCGUGAGGGUGCCACUGUGUAUGCCACUGGCACCCAUGCCCAGGUGGAAGAUGGCCGGCUCCUGGAGCAGCUCAUGGGCAGCGUGGGUUUCUGUACUGAGGUGGAGGAGGACCUGAUCAAUGCUGUCACUGGGCUCAGUGGCAGUGGCCCAGCCUAUGCAUUCACUGCCCUGGAUGCCCUGGCUGACGGUGGAGUGAAGAUGGGGCUGCCACGAAGCCUGGCAGUCCACCUUGGGGCACAGGCCCUGCUGGGGGCCGCCAAGAUGCUGCUGGACUCGGAGCAGCACCCAGGCCAGCUCAAGGAUAAUGUGUGCUCUCCUGGUGGCGCCACCAUCCAUGCCCUGCAUGUGCUGGAGAGUGGGGGCUUCCGCUCCCUGCUCAUCGAUGCUGUGCAGGCCUCCUGCACCCGCACAAGGGAGCUACAGUCCAUGGCUGACCGGGAGAAGGUCCCUCCAGCUGCUAUCAAGAGGACUGUCCUGGACAAGGUGAAACAGGAUGCCCCUCCUGGGGCCUCAGUGGCCCCUGUUGACCACACCAAGUGGCAGCCCUGCAGCCUGGCCCCAGUGGGCCAGAAGGAUUGAGGUGUCCUGCCUGAGACCAAUCUGCCUUCCUCUCUCCAGGGUCCAAACCUCCUGUGCUGAGCGUCUUGGCUCCAGACCUCACAGAGUGUCCCCAUAAUGACCUAUAGCUCUAGUCAGCUCAAGAAACUCACUUCCCAGUGGGCAUCUGACACCAUGAUCUCUUUCCUGGCCCAGAAUAAGUGGCUGAUUCUCUGACCUUCACCUUCCCCUCCUCUGUCGCCAAAUUAAAUCAGGACUCCCUUCCCUUCAGAGAUCUCUGGAGACCUGGGGCGUCUUCACACACCCCCCCCCCAGCAUUAGCUGGCUUGGGGUAUAGCCUUUGACUGAGUACAGGGGUCAAGGUUUCCUUCUUUGGAAGGAAAACAGCCAAGGAGGGAGCCCACUCUCAGAUCAUGGGAUACUUCAUGUGAUACUUCACCCAACAUCUAGCCAACCACCCCUUUGUCCCUUCCAAGUAUUUGGGAAAAGGUCCUCUCAAGUAUUUGAACUUCCAAGUACACCAGCACACUCCGCCUAUCUCCCCCAGAUGCCUCUGCACAUGCCCUGAUCCUUUCCUGCUAAAUAAAUUGAUUUCCAGCCCUAGUACCCCUACUUGUAACUUUGUCCUUCCCAUUGGAAGAAAGGCCCUGCGUGCUCUGGGGAGUGAGGAGGUGGCAGGUGCAGCUGGAAGCUGGCCCCAGCGCUUGGGCUUAGUGUUCCUGCUACUGGAGAAGGUUCAACCUCCAUUUUCCCUGAAGGAGCUGUACUAGAUUCUCCAGGGGCCACCAAUGAGGAAGAUGCGUAAAGGGCUGGGGAGACAUGGUUAUGCAAAGGUUCAACCCCCAGCACCACCAUAAGCUGAUCAGUGCUCUGGUAUUUCUCUUUCUCUGAUCUUUCUGUAUCUCUUUCACUUAAAAGAAUAAAUAAAAAAUAAGUUAAAAUAU